AUGGAAUGGAACCUCAGAAGGAUGGACAGUGAACUGAGACAGAUCAACCCAGACCUGCUGCAGCCUAGCAAGAGCAUCAAGAAGCCCUCCUCAGGCACCAUCACUCUCAACGUGGGGGGCUUUCUCUAUGCCGCACACCGCACCACCCUCAGCCGCCACCAGGGGUCAGUGUUGGAGGAGCUGGCCAGCGGCAGGAAGCCCAUCCAGCACACUGACUCCAUGGGCAACCCCUUCAUCGACCGUGACGGCCCCGUGUUCAGACACAUCCUCAACUUCCUGCGGACCGGAGACCUGCAGCUGCCCGAUGACUUCCGAGAGGUGGGCCUUCUGAGAGGAGAAGCAGAGUUCUACCGCCUCAGUGGAUUGGUGGAGGCCAUUUCAGAGUGGGAGGGGAUGCGGGCGGCGCAACGGGAGCCCGCCUUCCUGGAGGUGACUGACGAGAGGUCGCAGGGCUUCAAGGUGUACUGCAGCGACCCCUCCUUCAUCGACAAGAUCAAAGGGCGCCUGGUUCAGAUCUCAAAGAGCCGUCUGGACGGCUUCCCAGAGGAGUUUGAGGUGUCGUCCAACGUGAUCCAGUUCCGCCACUUCAUCAAGUCGGACCCUGGCUCCAGGCUGGUGCUGAAACAGGACAGUACCUUCCUGUGUACCCUGGAGUGUCUGAAGCUAGAGACGGUGAUGCUGGCCCUGAAGGCUGGCUUCUCUCUAAUCAGCUCUCUGGACAGCAGCAAGGGAUCUGUGGUGGCCGCAGAGGCUCUGCACUUUGUCAAGUAA